UCAGAAGUGUCAGAAAAUGACAUCUUUGGUGUCAGAAUAGUGUCAGAAGUGUCAGCAAACGAUAUUUUAUGAUAUCAGAAGUGUCAGAUCUACUAACUUAAAGGAUUUAUGAGCACCAGAGGAACAAGUCAAGAAUUUUUUCUAUUGCUGUCAGAAGUAUUUUAAUACUACAGUUACUUACAGUAACAUUUAUACGGAUAUUUUUGAAGUUGGCAAGUGAACUAUUUAGUUAACACAUGAAAAAGUAACUCUAAAAAAUAUUUGUUUACACAAAUCAUGACGCCACUCAACGAGCAAGAAAGCUAAAACCUGAUUAUUAUAGACUCUACUAUUUUUCUCAUUUGGUCGUUCAGCGACACAUUCAACAUUACCUAGAUGACCUAGAUCUACAUUUAUUGAAACCAGCACACAAUUUUUCAAGUGAGAUUCACGUGAUCCAAGAGUGACAUUAUUAUUAUCUUCAGCUAGUCUAACACUACUAACAGAAAACAGAGCUGAAAUUGAAAGUUAACUGUGCCUACUAUUUUAACUUGUACUUCAAGAUUGAACUCUACAUGAAUUGCAACUAAUCCAGAAUUUAUUAAAUUUUUUGACUACACACUUGGUAUCUAGAGCUACUACUACAUGUCACAUCGACCUGCCAUGACACAGUUACCGUUAGCGAGCUAUUUUUUUCAUCUGUGAUGAACUGAACAAUUUGAACUGUUCCUGUCUGAGCUGUAUUUUCAACUUUUACAGUUGACUACUGUCCUAAGUGUCAUUUAUCUAGAAGCCUGAUUUAUGUGGUUGUACUUUUUUUCUGUACACCAGUUGAGAUAGCUUUAGGAGCACAGCAUUGUUCAAAGUUACUUUUUAACAUCCUAAGCGAAAGAGAUCAAACAUGAUAUGCUGAGACAACCUGGAUACUACAGCCUGUGUGGGUGAAACUAGACAACCGUGAUACUACAACCGGUGUGGGUGAAAAUCUAGUACUACAAGUCAUUCAAGUCAUCGCUUGAAGACAGCUGAUAUAUGGUCAGUCGAAGUAGCUGACAUAUUCAAGAAUCAUCUACAUCGAGUGCUCGUCAUAAUUCUAAUGACACACUCCUAUUGUCGCUGUCUAACAGCACAUUUAAUAAGAGAGCGCUCCCACUCUUAGACCUCUCUUGUCGUCACUACCUAAGGUCAUUUUUAGUUAUUUAUAUUUGUUUCAGCAACUGUACGAAACAGUGGAUUACCUAUCAAGCAAAUGAAGUAUUUAUUGGAUUACUAUUGUUCAAGGACUUGAGUACUAUAUCAUUUAACAAGUGGAUUACUUAUGAACUGUACCAUUGUGCUGUGGAUUUAGCAAGUGAAUUACUUAUGAACUGUACCGUUGUGCUGUGGAUUUAGCAAGUGAAUUACUUAUGAACUGUACCGUUGUGCUGCGGAUUUAGCAAGUGGAUUACUUAUGAACUGUACCGUGGACAUAUUUUAUGUGGAGCAUCACCGGAACUCUAUGUAAAAGUCAAGCAUCAAGUGAAUAUUUAAGGGAAGUAACUUUAAUUACCCUUUAGUAUUAUCAGUAUUGAUUAGUUCUUUUUGAACUACACCACAAUUUUUUUCAUUGUUUACAUUUGUAUUUAUAUAUACAUUUGACUUUAGGGACUAAAUUUAAUUAUCUAUUGAGUCUGAGCAUUUAUAUUUUUUUUCAAGUCAGCAUCCAGGUAUUGGUAGGGACUCUUUAGAUAAAGUAAAUACUUGAUCGUAUAGCUGUAUUAGUUAAGUUUGUAUUUCGUCAAGUAUCUAUCAUAUUGUUAAACUCUUGUAUUGAUAUUGUCUUGUUUACAUUUGUUGAAUUUUCUUUUGCGUCAUAGUUAUUUCUCAUUGUAAUUCUUUUGUCUACUAUUUCUACUAUCUUGUAAUGUCUCUUUAAAGCAGACUGUUUAAUAUCUAUAGUGUAUUUAUGUUUGUCUAAUUAAUUACUUAUUAAUAUAGAUAUUUAUUUUACUUCUUAUUUCAACCUAUUUUUUAUCAACACUACACUACACACUUGAUACACUAUGGGAUAUAUUUUGAUUUGAGAUUGUGACAAGAUUGAUUGUAUAUAAUAUAUACUUUGAGCACAUUGAACUAUUUUGAUACCAUUGAUACAUUGAUCACUAUUUAUCAGACUAAUAAGGCUCACAUAAUUGUGAAUUACUUGUUGCAAUAAAUUUUUACAUUGCAAGUGGAGAUACUAAAAAUACAUAAUCACAUAAUUGAUCAGUAAAGUAUUACAUUACGAACUAGACAAAGUACCAAGAAUAACUUAAGAUACCUCAUAACCUCAAUUGUUUCGCACAAAAUAUAUAUCUACUAUUACCUGUAAUUACUAUUUGAGCAAUAAUAAGUAUUUAUUGUACAAUAUUUCAUUUACAAAUAUCUAGUACACAUAUCUAUUACUAAACUAUAUUACUAAUUUGAAUCUUUGAAAAUGGCUGAGUAUGAAAAACUAACAGAGAUAGUGGAUAAACUAAAGUUAAAAGAAGAUGAUAGAGCUGCAUUCAUUAAAAUUGAAAUAGAUAGAAUUAGAGUAGAAAAAGACAAGCAACGGGAAGAAAGGCUACAUGAAAGAAGACUGAGAGAGAAAGAACAAGAAAACUUAGAGAAAGAAAAAGAACGCCAGCAUGAAAUAAAAUUAAAAGAACAUGAAGAAAAAAUGGCCAAGCUAGCAAAAGAAAAUAAAGACAAUUCAGCAAGUCAAACUUCAUCUCAUCAUCAGUAUCAUAGCAAAUUUAGGAACUUUGACCCAAAAGAAGACACAUUAGAAAAUUUCAUUAUUCAAUUUGAAUAUAUCUGUCAAACAGCAAAUAUGAAUAGUGCACAAAUGGCUCAACAACUGCUAGCUAACCUAAGAGGUGAACCACUAAACAUCAUCGACACACUAACUAUGGAGCAAAGAAAAGACUACAACACAGUAAAACAAAGACUUAUUGAACAUUUUGGCAAAACGGAGGAGCACUAUCGAAAACUUUUUAGGGAAAUAAAACUAGCAAAGAAUACAGAUUUAAAAAGAACAAUACAUGACAUGCGCCAGAACAUAACAAAGUGGCUACAACUCGCAAACUGCAACUUAGAUGACCCCAAACAGAUAUUAGAUUUCUUUCUCAUUGAGAAUGUGCUAAGUAAUGUUACAGAUGCAGCAUUCUCAUUCCUGAAGGAGAGAAAAAUAAAAAACGAAGCUGAAUUGAUAUCAAACUUAACAACAUACAAAGACUCCCACCCAAACAUCACCAUUGACAAAAGGGAAUUGUACAAUGUAGCUGCAACAGUGACAGAAAACCAUCCAAGAACUACAAAUAAAUUUAAAUAUGCCAAGAGCAUACAAUGUUUUUUCUGUGGCAUAUUGGGUCACACCAAAGCAGAGUGCAGAAAGAGAAUGGCAUCAGAAAAACAGCAAUAUGUAAAUAGAAACCAUAAAUAUGGAAGAGAUAACAGAACUUUCCAGAGCUUCAGUCCUAACUAUAAUAGAUCCUAUCAACAACAAUAUAACAGAAGAACAUGGCAAAGCUACAGUCCAACUAACAGUAGAUCACAUCAAACAAACAGAAGAUGGCAAAACAACAGAAUGUCUAGAAGAGACCAAUUUCAAGAUAGACAACAUACUUACCACAAUAACAAUCAUACCAGACAAAACAUAGCAGCUGUAGCAACUGAAAGACCAAUAGAAUAUAAAACAGUACCAUAGAAAAAGAAUGUUUAGCCAUACUGUGGUGUACACUGCGACUAAAAAGACAUCUGUUAGGCAGAUUUUUCCUAAUAUUUACAGAUCAUAAACCAUUAACCACUCUAAAUGUUAAAGCAAAUACCAAUAGUAGAAUUACAAGAUGGACCAUGAUCCUAGCUGAUUUCCAUUUUGAAAAAAAACAAAUAAAAGGGAAAGAUAAUGUUAUUGCUGAUUUUAUGUCCAGAUAUAUUCAAGAUAAUCAGAAUGACUUAGAUAAUGAUCUAUGUCAUGUUAGUCAAAACUUGUAUUGCUAAAUGUCAAAGAUUUAAGAUUCACACCUUAAAGUAAAAAAUUAUUUUUACAACCAACUAUGAGCAUUAUUUUGUAAACACUGAGCAUUAUUUUGAAAACAUUGUAUUCUAUAUUUGUAAAUAUUGAACUAGAACUAAGACUUCAUUUUUAAAAAAAAAAACUCUAUUUGUAAACAAACUUUGGAAUUUGAUUACUUCAUUGUAACCUACAUUUUUUUCACAUUCUUUUGUCAACAAGAAUAACAUUUUUGUACUCAACAAUGUAAACAAACAUUGAAUUUUUUCCAAACUUAUUCAGUACCUAGCUUAAUUUUUUUCCAUACAAUGUAAACAUUAUUUUUUCUCAUUGUAUUGAGAACAACUGUGACAAAUUUUUUUUUCUACAGCUAUUGUAAACAAGAUUGGAAUUUUUUACUAUGUCAUUUAUCACAAUUAUAUAACUUAGUCACAUUUUUCAAUACUAUUGAAAAAGGAGAUUGAUUCAUAAUGUAACUUAUUUAUUCAAUGUCAAUUAGUGUAAUGAAAUAUUGACAUACACUUGUAUUUUUUUUGAAAACAUUUUUGUCAAACUAUUCUUAUGAACUUUAUUUUUUUGUAACAAUCAUUGAUGUAAACAAGAAGAUUGUUGUACAAACUUUUUGAUAUUUCAAGUACUGAAAGAGACACUUGAUAUUAUUCUUUUAAAUUGGACUUACACAUUUUUUCACAACAGAUUAAAAUGAAUACAACUAAACCAUUAUGAUGUUAUGCUUGUAUGUAUAUGCUUGAACAAAUUAAUGUAACCUCAAAGAUUGUAUCACAACUGACACAUUUUCUCAGAUGAAGUUUUUCGACAAAGAUUUUUUUGAACUUUGUACUCAAUAAUUAUUAUUUGAUAAACAAUGUAACAUUAAACUUUUGCCAUUACUAGCUACAAAUUAUUUGAACUGUCAUAUGGAGAAAUACUUAAUUGAAACAUAAGGUGCAUGUAACAAGCACUAUGAGGGAUACUUAUUACUUUGAUUUCAUGUUGAUACUUUUGAUCCAAUAUUUUGAUACUUGAAUUAUACAUAUUUACUUGUGUAAUAUUAAUGCACAACAAUUUUUUAUGGAGAUGUCAAACCUCAUAUUGAAGUAAACAGAUACAUUGAAUUUGUAACAAUGAUCAUUAAUCAAUUUGAUGUUGAAUUUUGACACAUAUUUUGAAUUUUUCUAUACUUUUUUUUUUUAUCACUUACAUAUUGAGACUUACUUGUAACAUUUUCUACAUGAUUUGUACAUAUUGUACUAUUGGUGUUAAAAAAAAACAAAAAAAACAGACUUCUAACAUUGCUAUAGUGUCAAAGAUUUUUGUGGAUAGAUAUUGUGAAUAAAAACUUGUAUUUAUUUUUCACAUUGUGACAUAGGAGAUUGUCAUUGAAAUUUUCGUCACACUUUGCACAUAUUAUUAUGAAAAAGACUUGUAAAUAUUGAACACAUUUGAAUAUUGAUGUAUAUAUUAGAACUACAUGUAAAGAAUUAUUUGGGAUGUUAAGUAUUUGACUCAGAGAAUUAUUUGAAUUGCCUUACAAGAAUAUGAUGAAUUAGAGAAUUUUGCCCUUGUAUGAAUUUUUUUUUGAUUCAGCAAAUAUUUUGUGUAACACUGUCAUAUUAUAUAUUUUAUUUCAAGUUUGUAGUUCUAUUUGAACUCUGCAAUUGUACAUUUCAUAGACCCCAAGAAUUCCAAUUGAUCCUACUUAGGAUAAUUAUGUCAUCAAGCUGAAAAAAAUUUCUUCAAAAUUUUUUUUCAAAAGGGGGGUGAUAGGUAAUGUCACCACCUCAAAGUUGGUGCCAUAGAGUAGAAACCCUAAUUCUGUAUUGUGUAUGUUAAUUCCAUAUUGUGAAUCUUAUUCACAACCCAUGUUGCACUAAGGUGAACACUUUUGACCUUAGGUGAACCAGAGAGUUAAAGGCAGUCAGUCCACAUAGAGAUCUUGUAGCAAGCACUUGUAUUGAGUCACUUAAGAUAUAAGCAGUAGAGUUAGAUGUUUAAAGUAGUUGGUUAUAGAAUAAGUACUAAGUUGUGAUAUUUGUAUAUUACUGUUGGAUUAAUACUGACCAUUCCUGGGUCGAAUUGUAUGGUGUAUUCACUAUGUGGUGUUAUAUUAAACUUAUUUGUGUCUGCUACACCCAGCGUCAUUUCAUUAUUCAGUAGCAUUGGCAGGAAAAAUAGCUAGCUUUUGUUUUGGAGCAUGCAUGUACAGAAAAUAGGAAUGGAAUCGUGAAUGUAAUUUAAAUGUUUACAAUAUCUCUUGUGUGUUUUUUUUUUGUGCUUUUUUUAGCGGCCCCCGUAAGGGGAAAAAGCCGCUAUUAGGUUUGUGCAAAAUGUCUGUCUGUCCGUCUGUCUGUCUGUCCGUCUGUCCGUCUGUCACACUCAGAUCUCGAAAACUAGAAGAGAUAUGAAAAAUAUUAUUUCAUCAUUAAAUGCGGCUUGAAAAGUUUAGGUGCAACGGCUACUUUUGGUUUUCUAAAAGCAAACCGUUUAAUUUAUAAAAUUAAUUAUGCAAGCGAUUUUUUCAUAAAAAUACACCGAUUCUAAAACAAUUACGUAAAAGUAAGGGAGGCAAUGUUACAAUAUGCUAACAAAGAUAGACAUUUUUGUGUAUUUUCAGUAUCACUAAGUCAAAUAUAUUUUUAAAAUGUACAGGAAAUGUUUACAACAAAUAUAAAUAAUAGUUAAAGAUGUUUUUUCUGGUCAACUAGCUGCUAAAAUUAAAAGAAAAAUUUUCUAUUUGUUUAUAAAGGCUAAUAAUGCACUUUGUAUGUAAAUAUCACGCACAUUUUUUUAAGGGGAGGUAUCCCUAGAGAAAAUCGAGUUUUAGGUCUAGGAUAUCGAUUUUUAACUAAUAACAUAAUUAAGUAGAUCAACCAUUUUUCAUUACAUUACAAUCAUUUUUAUUGCUUAAAUCUGUGUCUAAAACAUGUUUUAUGUUGUUUUUGUAAGGCCUAUGAGACAAAAUUUUUAUAAAUUUCUUGAAAAGUACAAAAAUGGCCCUUGGUUACGCCAUCUCUAUUAUAAGCAAAUCAUUGUUUGACUAUCGAUGUUUGGUAUGGUUUUUUUCCUCACGAUCUCUAGUUUUAUAAAGACGCCUCGUUUUCGCUCUAUGUUUCAUUCAAUUUCGGUAAUGAUCGGAAAUCUUCGGUCAACUUUUGAAGCAAAUUAGAUUAUUUUUAGCCUUGCUAAUAAAUAAAGAAACGCCAUUGGUUGAUUUUGCCCCCGUGGUCGGAAUCCCCGUAACUACUUUUGUUAUUUCCGACUAUCGAUAAUAGACUUUAUUUCAAUGGCGAAGUCUACACGUUGACUUUCUUUUCUGUUCAUGUGUGCAUUUUCUUAUUUAUUCAACAGUUACAGUAUAUAUAUUUCUUUUUUUAUUCAUCAAAUAUUCUAGAUCUGCUUCACCUUGUUUUUUAUAAAUGGCUAGACUCAACAAAAGGCUAGCUCAAUUGAAGCAAGCUCGAAUGAGUCGCAAAUUAGAUCUAGAAAGAGUUACUGGUAAAUCUAAGACUCUAGUCGAUCUAGAUAAAUCUAGUACUUCCACAACAAGUUCUAGAUCUAUAUCUUCAUCAACACCUAGCCCUACUAGAUCUAGAUCUGAUUCAUCUUCUGGACAUAAUAUUACGGCAGCAGUUGAAAUUGAGAAUGUGUCUACCGAAGCCAAUAAAAGUGAGGCAUUGGCAUCUAGAUCUAAGUCUAGUGAGUAAAAGUAAAAUUAUUGACAUUCCCAAAUUAGAUGUUGAUAAUUUAAUAUCCACCACUCCACACACUAACAGAACAAUAGUUGAAUUUGACCAACUUCAGGCCCUUAUACAGCCUUUACUUUGUCCUGGCUGCAAUAAGUCUUCAUUAAAAUUAAAUUCUGAUGAAAAAUGUCGCAAAGGCCUGUCUGUUAAACUUAGCAUUAACUGUGAAACAUGCAGCACAGUUGUAAGUAGCAACCAUACAUCAGGUUAUUCUAAAGAAAAUAAAAGAUAUUCUGUUAACAAUUCUGCAGUUCUAUCAUCAAUCUUAUGUGGAUUAGGUUCCUACACAUUUAACAAACUGUGUGAACAUUUAGACAUACCUGGAAUGUGUAAAAAAAACUUUCUAAAUAUUACUUAACUAAUUUACAAUAAAGGUGAUGAUAUCCGACAGGCCCUAGAACUUAAAACUGUUGACCUUAUUCGUCGAAAGCAUGCGGAGGAAAGUGGAGUUUCUAUAAACGAAGAAGAUAUCAUUGAUAUUGAUGUCUCAUAUGAUGGCUCGUGGCUAACCAGAGGACACACUUCACAUAUUGGAAUUGGAUGUGUUGUUGAUGUGUUAACAGGAUAUGUUUUGGAUUUCCACAUAGUUUCAACAUUUUGUUUGGUCUGUCAAACCACUGGCAGAAAGAUUAAAGAAAAAUCCCCAUCACAGUAUUCAGAAUGGUUUGAAACACACAAGCCUUUUUGUGAAAUCAACUACACAGGUUCAUCAGCUAUGAUGGGAAACACAUGCCGCAGAGGUAUUAUGGCUGAGGUCAGUUACAAAAUUUAAGCUUCGCUACACAUCAAUGUUAUCUGAUGGAGAUGCUAAAUCUUUCAAAAGAGUAACUGAACUUAAACCUUAUGGUGACAUUCCCAUAGUAAAAGAAGAAUGUGUCAACCAUGUUGGUAAAAGGAUGGGAUCUGCACUUCGAAAUUUAGUUGCUGAUUGUAGCAAAAAAGGUACUUCUCUUGGAGGCAAAGGGCAUGGUAAACUAACUCAAAACACUAUAAAAAAGUUAACACUUUAUUACUCUAGAGCCAUUAGAAAGCAUAAAAAUGUUUCUGAUAUGCAGAAAGCUAUAAUGGCAUCUCUUUAUCAUUGCUUGUCAACUGACAAAUCACUGAAACAUCAAUUGUGUCCAACUGGAUCUGGCUCGUGGUGCUUCUACAAUGCUGCUGUUGCUAAAAAUGAGACUCCUGGUCCACAUAGCAAGCUUCUCUGCACUCCUCUAAAUUAUAAGCUACUAGCUGACCACUUAAAACCAAUAUAUAAACGCCUCUCCGAGCCAGCCCUCUUACAACGUUGUUUGCUAGGUGCUACCCAAAACGCCAACGAGUCUUUGCAUUCCAAGAUUUGGAGUACUUGUGAUAAAAAGAAAUUUUCUUCUUGGAACAAGGUAACAUUUUCAGUGAUAUCCUCUAUUUAUGACUUUAACUUUGGAUUUGCUGCUUCAAAAAUAAUGAAAAAUAUUCUGUUCUGCAAAAACACGUUUCAUGCCCAUCGUCUUGGUUUGAGUCGACAGAAUCAACGAUUAAGUGGGUCGGCGUAUAAAAAAAGUAAAGUGGUCAUGAGACGACUCCAGAUGAGGAAAGAUGCAAAAGCUCGAAGGGAACUUGAGUUAAGAGAUGCAGAGGGACCUACUUAUGAAGCAGGACAGUUUUAGCUGUUUUUUUUUCUGCUUUUUUCUUCUUUUUUCAGAAAUCAACAAAUAUAAAUUUCACGUAGGUCAUUUAGCUGUACACAUGAUUUCUCCUAAACUAAUUGUUUGAUUUUAAUGAAAUUUGAAACACUUGUUCUAGACAUGAUAUACCUUACUUGUAUAAUGAAUUUUUGUGAAACUUUUUAAUACUUUUUUCUAAGUUUUCAAAUCUAUACUUUAAACUCAUUUUUCUCAAAAUGUUACUUUUUGCACAUAUCAUUAUGCCUUACUAGGAAUUUCUCCUAAACUACUUGAUAGAUUUCAAUGAAAUUUGAAACACUUCUUAAGGACAUCAUUUACUUUACUCGUAUAAUGAGUUUUUUUCAAACUUUUAUUUACUUUUUUUUUAAAGUAAUUUUAAUUAAUAUUUAUCCUGUUUUUUAUGCCUAAAAUAUAACUAAAAAUUCAAAAAUUUGUAAAAAAAAAAACAUACUUAAAUCUUUAAUUCUGAUGUUGUACCAAUUUAGAGGAUCCUUUUCUCUUAUCUUUAAAUUCAAUUUCAUGUAAUUUUGAUCAAUAGUUUUUACAAAAUUCAGAGUUUUAAUUUGUAUACAAUAAACAAUAUGGCCGCCGUUACCAUGGCAACCAUCAUUCAAACAA